AUCCAAAGACGCUACAGAGCCAAACAGAAGAACCAUCUCGAGACCCUCGAGAAGGAAACGCAGCAGCUUCGUCGUGAGAUCGCGGCGCUCGAAAGCCGUCGUCGUGGUAACCAGACGAAGGAGGACAUCUGGAACGUGGCAGCACAAUACUUUGACCUCUUCCGUCGUGGUACUCAACUGAAGCCGCGCUUCAACGCCAUGGCAGCUACGAUUAGCGACAAUCAGACAGCGCUCAACGACGGGUACGCCACUGAGGCUGCGCGGAGAAGCUGGUGUUUCUCCCAGAGGUUCGAUGACUUCGAAGUGGAGCCUUUCGGCUUGAAAAGGAUGGAGAACGGGUCCGUGACCAUCGCCACGAGGACAAGCGUGACCCUCACCGAGAGAACGCUACGCAAAGUGUUCCCGCACCUUUGUGCCUCACACGACGGGCGACACCUGCGAGAUAGACUGCUGGGUCAACGGAUCGUCAUGCACGGCUCGACGUACUUCCAGUGGGAUAGCGACAGUGGCCGCGUGGUGAACGUGAUCGCUCAGAGCGAUAUGCUGACACCUAUGCUGCACCUUUUGGGGAGUUUGGAGGACGUUGCAUUUGUGUUUGACAAGGCACUGGUAUCUCCCGACUUCCAGUGGAAG